UUGAAAGUUACAAAGGUUACAAACAACCAUUAUUGUUAACAUUACAACACCGAAAUAUUUUGAUACAGCUUGUGCGAAGCUCAACGUUGGUUGUAAACGGUAUUAUUAAACAAUUGUCUCUUUCGGCUGGUUUAUUAAGUCAACACUACGACAAUGGACAAAGGGAAUAAAGUGUUGACCCGAUUUCAUCCGUACCAUGGACAGAAUAUUAUUUUGUUGGAAGAAAACACAGUAGCAUACAGGAAGGCUAGUUUUGCCAAUGCACUGUCUUUUUCCGAGCGUCCCCUUCAAUUGGGCGAAAUAUUUUUGUUAGAAAUAGAAAAAAACGAAGGCGGAUGGUCAGGACAUAUGCGAUUGGGAUUAACACAAAUCGAUCCCGCAUCAAACAAUGGAUUACCACAGUAUGCACUACCUGAUUUGACAAAUUUGGGUACCAGUUGGGUGUAUCCGAUUACCAAGUAUGUGACCAAAGCAGACGAUCCGGUUGUUGACAAUCCAAUGACUUUAAUGCGCGAUUUGACAAAAACGGACAACAGUUUUUACAUUAGAACAUCACGAGGAAUCAUUCCGCGGAGCAUAUUGAAACCACUUUCAUCAGAUGGUAGAACGACUGACAUUUUACCGACAGACAAAGGAUCACGAAUCGGAGUCUUCUAUAAACAAAACGACAAUGACAAAGCUGAAAUGCACUUCAUUAUAAACGGCGUAGACCAAGGACCUUGUGUAAACAAUAUACCAUUCAAAAAUGGUGCUCUGCAUGCCGUUGUCGAUGUCUAUGGUACGACGAAGCAAGUAAAAAUAAUUCAAUUAUAUGGAAUUUCAACGUUACAAAGCGCUUGCCGUGAUGUUAUUCUAACGAGUAUUUCGAAAAUGGAUGUGGAACACUUGCCGUUACCACCGUCACUGAAGGAAUAUCUAUUGCAUUUUUAUUAGAACUUAUCAUUAAUCCAAUACGUUCCAUUAUGCGUUCAAACAUUCAACAUUGUCUCUACCGAACCAUCACAUUUAUUUUUUGUUUUUGCAUUGAAUUAGGUCGAUGCGUUUUUGUAAUAUUUUUUCUUGUUCUUUUCUUUGUCAAACAAAAUCUCUCGGUAGGACAAUUUUUACAUUCCUUUAAAACGAUUUUUUUUUGUCAUUUGAUGUGAUUAUGUGUCUUAUAAAAUCGAUUAUAUGCUGGACGUGUAAUCACUGUGUUAGACAUGACAUUUGAAUUAUAUUGACUUUUUUUGUGCGUCGGUCGUUUUGUUCAUAUUAAAUUCAGAAAAUGUUAAUUUCCGAUUCGAUUCUCCUUCCCAAAAUUCGAAGCGAGUACUUAUAGUUUCCAAUAUGUUCUCUCGCUUCUAACAAUUAUUUUGUGUACGUCCACUGUUAGUCGCUUAACAGAUCAUGAUAAAAUUCAGACAAUUUUAGCGUAGACAAACCUUCACUUUGUAUAAAUGCUAUAUCGCUUGACAAGCUCAUCUUCUCAUGUUAAGCACCGUUUCUUUGUCAAAACGCGAAAUUCGGAUGGCACAACAUUUAUAGGUACAAAGAGAUCCCACUAAUCAGUGACACCUCUGUCUCUUCAUCCUUCCUGGUCGGAUCAUGUUGGUCAGGCUCUCUAUCAUCUUAUUUUUGUCUCAUUUUCCGAACGUAUAGGGAGCUAUAAGUGCUAAACAUUGAUAUUAUUUUGUUGGUCAGUUGAAUUGUGGACAUA